AUGGCUUCAAAUAUUUGCAAACCUUCUCGUCGCGAUCAUUCUCUAAUAAAAACAACAAAAUGUGCUUCAAAACCUACCCUUUUACUCAAGGACUACCUCAGGGACGACCUGAGUUCAUGUUCAUCCAGCGGUUUCAAAUCAUUCCCGCGCCGACAAUGCUGCACUGCCGUUGGAUUCAUCAAGGAAAAAGAUCUCAAACUCCAACGCAAGAAGACACUCCCUCGGCGAAGGCCAACCGUAACCGCUCUGCAGAGAGCUUCCGGCGCUGUAAUAACUGCCAUCAAGUCAUUGUCCUCACAAAAGAGUGGUAAAUCAAAGAAAGCUUCUACCGGUGUUCUUUCUAGAAGCUUCUCGAGGAAGCUGUUAAGCAGAAGGUUCUGGAGAAAAGCUGUUAAGGAAGAGGGAAGAGAAGAUGUAAUGAGGUGUAGGAGAUCUUUCCGCGAACUUCUUAUGCAGGAACGAUGUUAUAAACCGACGUCGUUCAAUGAGGAUACCGUUUUCACUCCCAAAAGCAUCACCAACCUCUCUUCAGCUUGUUGUAGUAAUAGCUGGGGAGAAAGUGAAUUCACGUUUUCAUCAAAAACUACUUCCUCUGAUAGCUCCAUAGAUAACCUACUUGACGGCGUUACAAACGGCACUCCUCAUCGGCACAAGAUAGAAGCAGUAACACAUGGGGAUUGGUCAAACGAGAAGGAACAAUUCAGCCCUGUUUCAGUACUAGAUUGCCCAUUUGAAGAUGAAGAAGAGAUGAAAUCCAAUUUCAUGAUCAAUUCUUUCUUCCAAGGAGCAGAAAACAAGCAUAUACAAAAGACACGACAUUUUGAGAACAUAUCUUCAUUGGAGCCAUUGGUUUUAGAGAAAAGGAUCAAAUGCUUAGAAGAACUAGAAGAUGAGCCACACAACUAUUCUUUAAAACAAUGUUCAUUGUCAGUAAUAGACUCAAUUAUUGGAGACAGGAAAAACAAGGAUGAGCUAAACAGUUUGAUGAUUAACACAGAGAAACUACUGUUUGAUUACUUAGAACAAAGCAUUGAAGAAAACAGUAAUGCUGAUUAUCCAAAGGAUUUUAACCUUUGCAAUGUAGUUGAUGAUUGGGUGCGUGGGAAACCCCAAGAACCGUAUUUGGGGUGGGAAGUAAAUGAAGGAAGACAUGUCUACAUUAGUGAGAUGGAGAGAUGUGAAGAGUGGAAAAACUAUGAUCAACAAACAGAACAACUUGUUCUUGAGUUGGAAAAUGAUGUCUUAACUAGUUUGGUUAACGAGAUUGUCAUUGACCUUGUGAUAUGCUAG